CAAAGCAUCACAAUCAGGCGAAUGUCACUUCAUAGUAACCACUGUGCACAUUUCUCCUUACAGCACCGUUGAUUGGAUCAGUCACUGUCCCAUUUUAUUUCGCCAUUUCCCGCUGCCCUACAGUCACUUCCUCACCGAGGCAUCGUUUGCUCGCCCUUCCUCUCACGUUUAUCAUGAAUCGUAUGCCUCUAGAGCUGGUAUCCAUGAUCAUAUCUGAAAUUAGACCUUGGACCUAUCGUCGGGUCCCGCCUGACGAAAAACUGGCACACCUUGCCAAUCUGUCGCAUACAUGGCAAGCUGCAAUUGAAAGCAAAACAUUUCGGAAACUGGAAGUUUUGAACUCGGAACUGGAAACAUUCCAGCAACUUUUCCAGGGAACAAAUAUUCGACGGCGUGAGCUAGUGCAAAAGCUCUAUUUCAGUAUCAAGUUUCCAAAAGAAGAAGUAUGGGACGAUGAGGUCGGCAGGUGCUGUCCGGUGAAUAGCAAAGUCGACUUCGACGCUGAAGGAGAUAUCUGGCACCGUGAUGUGACGAAGCUUUUCCGCAUUCUGAGCGAUAUCGAAAUUCGUUUCCAAGCGCAAAUUGGACGAACGGCACCUCCAAUGAAGCUUGUGUUUUACAAUUGUACGCGGGCCGGUCGUUGUGAGCUUGUCAAACCAUCCUAUCGCCCUUGUUCAUGGGGUUUACAUACCAGACCUGAAAUGGCUGCAGUACGCACUCGCCCAGGUUCAGUUCGAGUUCCAGAACUACGGAAUAUUCCUGCCUUAUAUCAGGUUGCUUCAUUUCGUGCCUGUGCCAGCAGCUGCUCGAAGUGGCUGCAUCCUGAAUGGAUCCAUAUGUUGGCUUCACACCUCCCAAACUUGAGCAAUAUGGAGGUUUUCUUUGAAGAUCCCUACAACUGGGGCCGAAACUGGCGAAGGGAAUAUCAAUUAGCACUUGCUCGGUCCCUUGACAAGGCACUGAAUAGAUCCCUGGAAGUUAUUCGUAUAUAUUCCAAUACUCAAGACCUCAAAAACGAAGAUGUCGAUCUACAUCAGAUCUCUUCACCUGAUAUUACUGAUCAUUUCUCCAACCGCCUCCUCCGGCAGGUUUCGACCUUCGCCAAUUUGCGCACGCUCUAUCUUGAAGGGAUAAUGGUCGUAAGCGAAACCAUGUUUCAGAGCUGCGUGGAAAGACCUUCUACCAUAUUCUUUCCCCAAUUGGAAGAAUUCUAUCUCCAUUUUGCUCCUUCAAGUGCAGAGGGGCACUGGUUCUACCUUCGCGACGAUGCGGCGUUCGCCGCACAAGAGGAUUUGGAAAAUGAGCCCGGACUCCAGCCUGGAAAGGGCUUUAUCGUCUAUAAAGAUACGCACUUACCAAUGGGCGAGGUUUCUAACUAUUACCAAUACCGGUCUUUACCUAAUCCAGAGACAUUGACACCGUUUUUGUCAUCCGCCGCGCACUUCUGCAGAACCUUGCCGAAAAUCAAGCGUUUCGCUCUCAAGAUGAACGACCGUCCAGGUGGCUAUGAUGAAUUGACUUUCGAUUUCAUUGACAGAAUCCUAGAAUUGUGGUACUUCCCUGGCGGAGUGUCACAUGGAGGCUUUAGGAAAGCAUCACAGUGUCCAGUCUUGCCAAUUGACCAACGGAUUGCCCAGUACGAUCGUGUCUACUUCCGAAUUGGAAGCAGUCGUCUAGACGAAAGGAUAGUUGAAAGCUGGAGGAAGGCUGUUGGCGUUGACGGAAAGAUCAAUCAUUUAGAUCAAAACCAUUUCAAGAAGGAGUAUUGUCCAUUUAGACAUUUUUACACAGGUGAGAUUCUUCAAGAGUGGUAGACAGUAGUAUUCAUACACAAUUAAAGGCUCCUAGCCUUUUGUCAAAAUCAUCUCACCAGAUGGAUCUUUUCCACAUCUAUCUGGAGAUUGCUAAAGUCUCAUCAUUCAGUUCUUCCGAAUCAAGAAUGGAUGACACAUAGUUGUUUCAUUCAUGAUUGAAUCAAAUCUAGACAUUUCUUACUAGGCGGUAGAGGAG